UGAGAAGAUUGUGUGUGCUGCGAUUACGUGUGAGGAUGAGGUUGAGCUGUGAAUAUUAUUAAUUAUUAAUUAUGAAUUACUAAUAAUAUUUCGAAUCAUUUUCACGAGCACUAAACUUUACAAGCAGUGUGUAAUUUAGAGUUGUGCCUCUAUAGAUUAACUGUAAUGUGAUUUUACACUAAAUCCUUUUUACAAGUGAGAGAAAAAUGAACACCAGAUUUUACUCCCACCAACAGUGACGUCCUACUGAGUGAUAUAAUCACAGACAGCAUUCCAGAGUUUAAAGGAAAUCAGGGAAAUAACACUAACCUUGUGGUUCUUUCCUUCCUCUAAUUUCCAUAUCAUUCUUUAUUAAAUAAAAAAUAAAAUACAAUUUAAUAUAAUAAUAAUAAUAAUAAUAAUAAUAAUAAUAAUAAUAAUAAUAAAACCAGGCAGAUCUUAGUGUUUAAGAGUGUCACUGCAGUGAGUGCUCAUAAACCUCUGGACAUUAACUUACAUAACAAACAAAGGUAUCUACAAAGACCUGAGCUGCCCUACCAGGGAAGUGCUAGCUCAGCGGUUAAGACGGUGGAAUUCUGAUGGGAAGGUUGAGAGUUCAAAUCCCAGCACUGCCAAACUGCCACACUGCCACUGUUGGGCGCUUGAGCAAAGCGCUUAGCCCUCAACUGCUCAGCUGUAUAAGUGAGAUAAUUGUAAGUCACUCUGGAUAACGGCGUCUGCCAAAUGCUGCAAUGUAAUGUAAUGUAACUGAAAAAACAACCAAAAAAAGGGGCAAAAAGUGAACAUAUACAUCAACUUAACAAAGUAAACAGUAUGUCUGAAAGAACUCUGGGAGGUGCUCAUGCAGAUCUGCAUCACUGACGGAUACAGCACUGUGAGAAAAGAGGAAAUGACAGACUUGAUAAAGCUGAAAGACAGCAGACUGCAAAUAGAAAUGAGAAUCAGUAGGACUUUCCUCCUUGAGACAGACAGAGCACAUUUCAAUAGACGUAAAGGAGUAGAAGUGACGUGACGCUGAAUUUCAUUCCACGAUGAAGAUCCUCCUCAUCUUCAUCCUCUGCCUUCUCUCAGGUCCAGUAGACUGCUCCGAUGUGACUGGUUACUCAGGAGGAAGUGUCCUUAUGAUAUCUAACAUCAACUGGUACACAAGCAAUAGUAAAUAUAUUUGUAAGGUGAAAGGAAACGACUGCAUCGAUAUAAUACGUGCUGAGACCAAACGCCACCAAACACAAGAAGGAAGAUUUAAAUUGUAUUCAAACACAGAUAACUUAUUCCUGGUACUGAUCAGAAAGCUGAAGCCACAGGAUGCUGGAACAUACAGAUUUGGAUUGGAGAAUCAGAGCAACGCCACUGUGAACCUAAAAGUUGUUAAUGAUUCUUGUUGUGCUGGGACAAAAUUAAAGACCGCUUUUGUUGGGCAGAAUAUCACCACCACAUGUAGCUAUCCAGGGGAGUAUGAGAGUAACAUCAAGUAUGUCCUCAAACUGGAUGACGACAUGAAUAUUGAACGAGUUCUCGAUACUGAGACAAAACUUCAGAACGGAAGAUUCUCCAUUUCUGAUGACAAAAGUGCUAAAGUUCUCAGAAUGAACCUCAGCGAUGUGAGAGAAGCUGAUGGAGUAUUUUAUAUUUUUGGAGUGUGGAAAGAUGGGUCAGUCAGAUAUUACUCCUACUUUACAGAGAUUCAGCUGCAUGUAACAGGAUUGAGCACGAGCAUUCAACCAACAACAACAACAGGCACCGACAUGACGACCUCAGCAGCACUGACAGAAACUGCAUCUGCAGUGUGUUUCAGUUCCUCUGCCAUCAUCAUCGGUGUGUGUGUCUGUGUGGCUCUGCUGCUGAUUGGAGGAUUUGCACUGAUGAUCUACAAACUGAGACACAAGAGAACACAAGAUUAUACACCUUCAUCCAAGAGUAAAGACAAUAAACCAGUUACUUCUGAUCAUAACACCGAUUCAGCUCAUUUGUACGAAAAUUUCAGAAUGAGCUCAAUAUGAAUCUGCACCAGGACACAAACCAAUCAGACUGUUGAGCUGUUAUUCUUACUGUUCUGAGCUGCCUCGUAGUGCCUCAACUCCCAAUGCUGUAGUGUCUCUCUUCACCUCUUUAUAGGACUGAAACCUAAAAAACAAUGCUGAUCCUAAAUCCAUGCCAGUUUGAUCAGGUGCAGUUUCUGGAGGACUGCUAGCCAGUUUCUCUCUCUCUCUCUCUCUCUCUCUCUCUCUCUCUCUCUCUGUCUCUCUGUCUCUCUGUCUUUCUCUCUCUCUCUGUCUUUCUCUCUCUUUUUCUCUCUCUCUCUAUCGCUCUCUCUCUCUCUCUCUCUGUCUCUCUGUCUCUCUGUCUUUCUCUCUCUCUCUCUGUCUUUCUCUCUCUUUUUCUCCCUCUCUCUAUCGCUCUCUCGUUCUCUGUCUUUCUCUCUCUUUCUCUCUCCCUUGCUCUCUUUCUCUCUCUCUAUCGCUCUGUCUCUCUCUCUCUAUCGCUCCCUUUGUUUCUUGUAGUUUUUACAUUUGUUUAGUUAAAGAUAAAGUGAUGAUUGUGAGCAAUUAUAAUAUUAUAAUAAUAUUAUUAUUAUUAUUAUUAUUAUUAUUAUUAUUAUUGUUGUUGUUAUUAUUAUUAUUGUUGUAAUGAUUACUUAAUUAAUUGUUUCUUAAGUAGUUAUCCAUUUUAUAUCAUGACAUUACUGUGCUUUAUUCUGAUCUGUUAUAGGAGUUACUUUAUUACAGUUUAAAUAUGAACCCAUUUAGUGCUGAGAUCUCGUUCAACACAUCGUACGCUCUGUUUCGAUUACGCUGUUGAGGCUUAAGAAGGAGAGCUAUAUUCCAAAUAACUGUCUAUAUCUAAUUGUGUAUUUCUGUUAUAUGUCAGUGAAAUUCUCUAUAUCAAUAAAAACACACUUCCUGUCCUUUAAA